AUGCAUUUAGUACUCGCGAGCAUAAACUGUGGGGAAACGGAUACCUUAGUUGAUACGAAUGGCAUAAUUUGGACCCCGGAUACUAAUUUGAUCUCGAAUGGGGUUGCUCGUGUGGUUCAAUCUAGCAACCAGAUAACUCCUAUUGUGGACACCCUUAGGGUUUUCACUAGCAGGAGAAAGAACUGCUAUUCUGUCCCGGUUACAAAGGGUGAAAAAGUCUUGGUUCGCGUGCUUUUCAACUACGGAAAUUAUGACCGGUUGUCAAAUCCUCCAACAUUUGAUAUCCACUUUGAUGGGAACUAUUGGACCACGGUUCAGACAGCUUUGACUGGACUAACAAUGCAUGAAGUCACUUACGUCACAAAAGGAGACGCCGUUAGUGUGUGUCUGGCUCAAACAAAGUCUGGUCAGUUCCCAAUUAUCUCGACUCUUGAAGUUCGUGGUCUAGAUUCGGAAAUCUAUAGCGAUCUUGAGGAUAGCCGGGCUUUGUUUCUAAUGAGUAGGUUUUCUUAUGGUGCAAGUGGAACCUUAAGGUACCCAAGUGAUCCUUAUGACAGAAUAUGGUUGGCUAGAACGGCAGGGACUGAGACGGCCACAAGCGAUGCAAUCGUGAUAGACUCAACAGGACCCAAUGCAGUUCCUUCAGGAGUUUUACGAAACGCAGCUACGGUAGGAAGCACAACCGAUAGGCUACUUGUGGCAACAAUAUCUCCAAUUAGUUUUCCCGUCUACAUGAAUAUGUACUUUUCAGAAGUUAGCAACCUUGAUUCCACGGAAACGCGAUCGUUUAAGGCUUAUGAGACAAAUAGCUCAGGAACUAGUCCGUUUUCACCAACGAUUUCGCCACCCUAUGGCAGCUUAUUAGAAAGUACCAUUUAUGACUACUCGGUCGACUCCAUGACAAACAUUUCCUUAGUUGCAGAUGCCGAUUCUGAUUACCCCCCUCUUGUAAAUGCCAUCGAGGCAUUUUACAUUAGCGGCGUUCUAACUGAGGGUACCGAUAGCAAUGAUGUUGAAGCUUUGGGUUUGUUGCAAACCACAUUCGACGUACUAGGAGAAUGGAAGGGCGACCCGUGCCUUCCAGCAGGGUAUUCGUGGGACUGGCUCAAUUGUAGUAACGACGCUAUACCUCGCGUAACCUCAUUGCAUCUUGAUAGCUUUGGUCUUUCGGGUUCACUUCCAGACAUUAGUUCCAUGGACGCUCUUGAGAUAAUUGAUUUUCACAACAAUAGCUUCACCGGAACCAUUCCGAGUUCCCUUGGUACCAUGCCGAAUCUCAAAGAACUGAAUUUGGGGAAUAACAAAUUGAGUGGCUCCGUACCUUCUUCCUUAUCAAAAAACAACAAACUAAAACUAAUUAUUACUGGAAAUCCUCUGUGUACAGCGUCUAGCAAGGCCUGUUCGAAUUCACCCGCCACCAUCAAUUCAUCUCCGGAUAACACCGCUGUUGCUAGCAAAAAGAAAAGCAACAUGUUACCAGUGGUACUCGGCGUCACUAUCCCGGCUUUCUUUCUCAUGUGGAUUGCCGCUGGAAAUGGAGCAUAUGGAGGACAAACAAAUGCGAAAUUUGACGGAUUUCAAACUACUACUACUAGUGGAGAACAUGUAGAUGUGACCGUGAACAAUGAAGGGAACCAAACCUUUGGAUCACCAUCACCACUUCUUGAUGAGAAUUAUAAUCAUAAUAAUUCUGAUGAUGCUACGCACUGA